AUGGCGGACCACAAGAGCAAUGGCAGACUACAAGGGAGCAGUGGAGCAGCUGCCAACGACUCAGCAGCCAACUACUCAGCAGCCAACUACUCAGCAGCCAACUACUCAGCAGCCAACUACUCAGCAGCCAACUACUCAGCAGCCAACUACUCAGCAACCAACUACUCAGCAGCCAACUACUCAGCAGCCAACUACUCAGCAGCCAACUACUCAGCAGCCAACUACUCAGCAGCCAACUACUCAGCAGCCAACUACUCAGCAGCCAACUACUCAGCAGCCAACUACUCAGCAGCCAACGACUCAGCAGCCUAUGACUCAGAGCAGCCCAAGGAGCAUGGAGAGGAGAUGAACCCCUGA